ACACGUAUAUGUAUAUAUAAUAUAUAUAUACACACACUAUUAUGACGUAGGUGAUUGCAUUAGCCAAUGAGAAGAGGCUUUCAUUCGUAUCUGAGUGUAAUAACAUGUGCGCAGGCGGAGAGAGUCUGUUCUCUUUCUAACCGGGAACAAAGGCGAACCAAGGUGGAGGCUAAGCGGGUAAAAUAACAUAUUUAGGACGGAUUUCUUACGGACGCAGUACAUUUGUACUGUACGACUUGGAUUUGUCUACUGACCUUGAGUCUGGACAUGGCGACUGAGGUGGUUACCAAUAUUGAGGAUGAGGCUUACGAGCCGCAAACCUACGAUGAGGCUUUUCCUGCCCUUCUCUCAGACAAGAAUGACUUGCCAGCUACCAAUGCCUCCCAUGGAGAGAAUAAAUUUGCACGACGCUGUACCAAAACAACACAGAUUUUCACCGUUCCUCUUGAAGAGAGGCGUUUUAAGGAGAUCAAUGAACACAGUUUUGGAGAGGAAGGUGAACAGGCCAAGAUCUGCCGUGAUAUUAUGCAAAAAACUGGUGUAUCCAUUGAGAUGAGUUUGGCUAAAGAUCAAAGUUUGACUGUUGUCAUCAGUGGAAAACCUGAUGAUGUCAUGAAAGCCCGUCGUGAAGUAGUUUCGGAACUGCAAACACAGGCAAGUUAUGCAAUUAAAAUUCCUAAAGAACACCAUCGAUUUAUUUUGGGGAAAAAUGGAAAGAAAUUGCAGGAACUUGAGCUGAACACUGCCACAAAGAUUAUAAUCCCUCGCGCUGAUAACACAGACAUCAUUCGUAUUGUUGGCACAAAAGAAGGUGUCGAGAAAGCCCGCCAUGAAAUACAGUGCACUUCAGACGAACAGGCUAAACUGGCUUUUGAACGUAUACCUGUUCCAAAGAUCUAUCACCCUUUCAUUUGUGGACCUCACAACAACAACAUCAAAUCUCUCAUGGAUUCUACAAACGUCCGCAUUAACGUGCCACCACCGAGUGUAAUGAAAGACGAGAUUGUGGUUUCUGGAGAGAAGGAAGGUGUGAUGAAGGCAAAAAGCUUCAUCCUGAAGACUUUGGAAGAGAAGAAAAAGAAGUGUCAGCCUGUGUCCGUCGAAGUGCGCAAGUGCCAACACAAGUAUGUGAUUGGUCAGAAGAGAGCUAAUAUCCAGGAGAUUCUGGAAGCAACAGGUGUAUCUGUUGAGGUACCAAGUUUGGAAAGUCCCUCAGGAACUAUUACACUUCGUGGAGAAGAGGAUAAGCUGGGCCCAGCCCUUACUAUGGUAUACUCCAAGGCAAACAGUGUGAUUGUGGAAGAAGUGAAGGCCCCAGCCUGGCUUCACAGGUUCAUUAUUGGCAAACAGGGUUCCAAUAUAAAGAAAAUCACGCAAAACACUCCAAAGGUUCACAUUGAAUUCACUGAAGGGCAGGACAAAAUCAACAUUGAAGGACCCCCUGAUGAAGUCGAAGAGUGUGUCCAGAAACUGUCUGAGUGUAUUGAGGAUUUGAGGAAAAGAAUGGCAUUUGCUGAGAUUGAAAUUGAUCAGCGCUUUCACAAACAUAUCAUUGGGAAGAAUGGUGCAAAUAUUUCUAGAAUCAAAAACGAGACUGGUGUGGCUAUUCAGAUCCCUUCAGACAGUGACAACAGCAACAUUAUUAGGAUUGAGGGAGACCCGAACGGUGUACAAAGAGCCAAGCAAGAACUCUUAGAAAUGGCUCAGAGAAUGGAGAAUGAAAAAAGCAGAGAUAUAAUAAUUGAACAGCGCUUCCACAAAACCAUUAUCGGAGCUCGGGGUGAGAAGAUCCGGGAAAUCAGGGAUAAAUUUAAUCAAGUCCAGAUCAGCUUCCCCGAUGCUGGAAAGAAGAGUGAUGUGGUUACUCUGCGUGGUCCAAAGAACGAUGUCGACAAAGCAUACCAACACCUCAGUCAAUACCAACAAGAACUGGUCACCAACAAUUAUCAAGCCCAGGUUCAAAUAUUCAAGGAAUUCCAUAAAAACAUUAUCGGUAAAGGUGGAGCCACAAUUAAAAAGAUUCGUGAUGAGACUGACACUCGGAUCGAGUUACCUCAUGAGAAUAUGAAUUCUGAUAUGAUCAUUAUCACUGGCAAGAAGGCCAAUGUGGAACUGGCCAAGAAGAAGAUUGAAGCAAUUCAAAAGGAUCUGGCUAACAUUAAGGAGAUUACUGUUGAAAUUCCAUCAAAGUUCCACAAUUCCAUUAUUGGUGCCAAAGGCCGUUUGAUUCGAGCUAUUUUAGAUGACUGCAGUGGUGUACAUAUCCGCUUCCCACCAGAAGGAAGUGCCUGUGAUAAAGUCGUGAUUCGAGGACCACCAGAAGAUGCAGAAAAUGCUUGCAAACAGCUGCGAGAACUGACAAGUGAAAAGCAAUUGUCCAGCUAUACAGCAACCAUUCGAGCAAAACCAGCUUACCAUAAAUUUCUCAUUGGCACCGGAGGUAGUAAAAUUAAGAAGGUUCGUGAAAAAACUGGUGCUAGAGUGAUUUUCCCCAAUGAACAUGACAGUGAUCCUGAACUUAUCUCGGUCAUUGGCAAAAAGGAAUCUGUGGAACAAGCCAAAGAGGAAUUAGAAAAUCUAAUCAAAAAUUUGGACAACAUUGUGGAGGGAGAGAUCAAUGUUGACCCAAAGCACCAUCGUUAUUUUGUUGCCCGUCGCGGUGGUCUUCUGCGGCAAAUUGCUGAGGAUUAUGGCGGUGUCACUGUCAGUUUUCCACGGAGCGGGGUUAAGAGUGACCGUGUUGUUAUUAAGGGGGCCAAGGACUGUGUUGAAGGGGCCAAGCGCAAGAUUCUUGAAAUUGUUGCUGACCUGGAUGCACAAGUUGUUGUCGAAUGUGUGAUUGCACAGAAAUACCAUCGUACCGUGAUGGGUGCCAGGGGGCAGAAGGUGCAGGAAAUAACCCGUCAAUUUGAUGUUGGAAUUAAAUUUCCAGAUCGUCCAGUUAAUGGAGAGCGUGUCACAAUUACCCCUCCUGAAGAUGAUGCAGCUACUGCUAUCCCCAAUGGAGAUGUGAUUCCAAACGUGGAACCGUCUCUGGACUCUGGCACUAACAAGACCGACGUAAUUCUCAUCACUGGCAAACCAGAAAACUGUGAAGAAGCUAAAAAGGCAUUACUGGCUUUGGUCCCCAUCACCUUGGAAGUGGAAGUACCAUUUGAAUUCCACCGUUUCAUCAUUGGUCAAAAGGGUAAAGAUGUGCGCAAGAUGAUGGAGGAUCAUGAAGUCAGCAUCACUGUGCCACCACCUGAAGAAAAAAGCAACAUUAUUAAAGUGACAGGCCCUCCAAACAAUGUCCAAGGGGCUAAACAGGCUCUGGAAGAGAGGUGCACGGCUUUGGAGAGUGAGAAACAGGACAGACUGUUGCGUAGUUAUAAACUGGAGGUUGAGGUGGACUCUCAGUAUCACCCAAAGAUUAUUGGCAGAAAGGGAGCUGUUAUCUCCAAGAUUCGUUCAGAUCAUGAUGUUAACAUCCAGUUCCCUGAACGAAACGAAGUUCAGAACAUCAUCACCAUCACAGGAUAUGAGAACAAUGCCAACUUGGCGAAGAAGGCUAUUCUUGAAAUUGUCCAUGAGUUGGAGGAUAUGUCAAGCAUCAACGUGAAAAUUGACCCUCGUGUCCAUCCACGUAUAAUUGGUACGAAAGGACGCAACGUGCGACGCCUGAUGGACGAGUACAAGGUGGACAUCAAGUUCCCACGCCCAGACUCAGAUGAGCCAGACGUGAUUACCAUCACCGGCGCUGAAGAGAGCUGUUUAGAUUGCCGAGAAUAUCUUAUGGCUUUUGAAGAAGAAUAUCUCCAAGAUAUCAUUGACCAAGAAUAUCUGAAGGAACUCCACGAAACACCCAGCCGACCCGAUGUUAAUGGGGCGCCAAAAGAAUCAAAAGGUUUCUUUGUGAAAGACGCCCCGUGGGACAAAGUCCCUGACACCAACAGUACUGAUGAGUUCCCAUCCUUCGGAACUGUCGUGCCUCUGCCAAAACCAUCCCAGGCUUGGGGGCCGCUCAAGCGAAAAUAAACUAAAUCUUUCUGUUUUCA